GUCUCAUUUGAGUAUAUCGAAUUGUUAUAUCUGAGUUCCCCAUAUCACGAUCACGCCUUUGCAGGGCCUCGGCUGAGUAAUACAGUUCUCACGUGACUCAAUAGUUGAUCCGCCAAUCAGAGACUUCAAUCCCCGAGGGAAUAAUUUUCUAGGCGUGCGCGUGCCCCGCUCGUCUCCAGUUUGUCAGGUUGCUCAGAAGUCGUUGCAUGAGGCAACAACGGUGAAAGAGUACCGUUCCUGUACCUUCCGUUACUGUACCUUCCCAGUUACAUAAGAUUGUCAAGCGAAUUACUCUUUUCACGGAAGGACGGUGAAAAAAAUUGGUAAUUGGCCAGGUCAAUUAGCCACUCACAUUCGAGUCGCCUUUUUUCGCACCUUGAAACCAGCGAAAAGCAAUCUUCUCCCUAACAAACAAACCCCUCUCCUCCGUAGUCGGCCUUUGCUCACGCGCAUUGUCUUUGCCAACACACGACGCGCCCACUCAGCGCCGCGACCCGAAAUAUCCAUAUCAAACUCCAAACACCGACACCGGCACCGGCCGGUCAACGAACUCCGGGUAUUUGCUUUUCGAAGCCUCCGAUCCCUUUGAUUGCCCGUGCCCGUGUCCGGCUCGGCCCCGGUGCAUCCUCGCAUCAUCCCGUCGCGUUCUUCCUCCGGGCCUCCGGCUCAGGGCUUCGUCCCUAUGGAUGGUUCCAUGAUGGCUGGUGGGGCGGCCUCGAUGAGUCCUACGAGUCCUGUCAGCUCCCGUCAUGGUCAUGGCCAUGGGAACAGCAAUGGCACCAAUAAGCGCAAGAGGAGCAGCAUGGUUGGCAUUGAAAGCAGCCCAGGCAGUAAUCUUGACGAUCACGAUGCUGAGCAGGAGAAGAAGCGCCAGCCUGGCGUCAAAAGGGCUUGCAACGAGUGUCGACAGCAAAAGCUCCGAUGCGACGUGGUGCAAGACCCUUUCCAAAGUUGCUCUCGGUGCAAUCGCCUGAAACUAGAGUGCAAAAUUGAAUCAAACUUCAAGAGAGUCGGCAAAAGAUCUAAGCACGCCGAGAUGGAGAAGGAGAUCGAUCGACUGCGUCGCAGUCUUGCUCACGCAAAGUCUCAAGGCUUCACUCCAGAAGCCGAUGAUGAUAUGGACUCUCCCACCGCUGCGAGCAAUCCCACGUACACUCACACUCACACCCGAAAUCCUUCUUUAAUGGGUUCCGACGAAGCUGUCUCGUCCCUACUUCAUCUUAAGCGUGGCGGAAACUACAACAUGCCACGAUAUUCGCACGACCUGGAAAAUGUCAAGCUAACGGAAGAAGAUGUCAACAACCUUUUCCGACAAUUCUGGGCUUUCUAUCAUCAAUUUCUACCUUUCCUCAACCCUUCACAGGCACCUGAUCUCUUCUACCAACAACAUCCCCUCCUGUUCUGGUCCAUUAUCUCUGUCGCUGCCCGACGAUAUAACCCACCAAGCACAAACGAUCUGCUCAGCAAUCUCUCGGGACCUCUGACACGUUUCUUGUGGUCAACGAUAGGAGAAGUCCCGAGCAACUACUACGUGGUCAAGGCCAUGUGCCUGCUGUGCACAUGGCCGCUGCCCACAAGUACGACUUCGUCUGACCCUACGCACAUUUUGUGUGGCGUGAUGAUGAAAACGGCUACUGGAAUAGGUCUGCACCGGCCCAAUAACAUCCAAGACUUUUCUAGGGUGUCAGUUGAGUUGAACAAGGAACAACUCAAUGACCGUGUGACAACAUGGGCUGUUUGCAACAUUGUUGCGCAGUCUGUUGGGACUGGCUACGGCCAGCCAGCGUCAACUCUUUAUGACUGGACUCUGGCCUCACGAGCUGGAGAAGAGAGUGCUUUCCAACUAUCGCGAGAUUUAGAGGCGCGGCUACAGAUUGAGAGAUUCUGUGACAAGGUCUCGAAGGAGAUGUAUAGCAACGCUAGCGAUCCCCGUGGCGUUGCAGGAGAUGAACACCGGGCAAUGCUGAUGCGUGUCUACCGUCGAGAUUACGCAGAGCUGAAUGCUUCCAUCCUUUCACAAGGGCUGGGCCCCAUUGUCUCUUUGCAUCUCCGGGCGGCGGCUCUUCACAUGCGCUUGGCCGGUUUCUUCGAUUCCAGUAAGACCCCAGGUUAUAUGGAUGACCUGAUGGGCUUAUGGCGCGCCACUACCGCUUUUCUCGACGAAAUUCUCGAAGUCGAUCAAGCAACUAGUCCUCGGGACAGCGUUGGCGGGCACUUACUUCUUCACUGUAGUAACUACAUCGGACAGAUGAUGGUUGCAGCUGGCUUUGCCCUUCUCAAGCUCAUGAGAUCGUUCUUCUCGAAGACUAUAGACUUCCAGCGAGGUCGAACGCUCUUCCAUCAGACGAUCCGGGCUAUCCGGGCUACCAGUGUUGUUAACAAUGAUCUUCAGUGGCGUUUGGCUGAACUCAUGGUGCAGAUGUGGAAUGGCGCUCGACUCGAACACAAUCAACAUAACUUCAACAGUAACGACAACUCACCGAUCCAAAUGGACGACAGCCUCCAGCUCAAGGUUCGAUGCCGUCACAGUAUGAGUCUUGUAUUCGAUUCAGUCUGGAGGUGGAGGGAGGACUUCCAGGCAUCGGGGCGAGGUACUAUAGACUGUAGGUGAUCCCCUUUCUCCCUAUGUUUUGGUGAAGGCCCCUGAGUAGAGCAUGUCUUGAUUUGUCUUGUGCAAAUAUUGCAAGAAUGCUAAUACAGACAACAGCUGCCAAACAACCGACAAAUCCAGAUUCGGCUAAUGAGUCUUCAGCAUCAUCAACACACAUGGACAGCACCCUCGUACCAUCUCACACCCUCCCGCCUUCGAGUCUGCUCAGCACCAACAACACUCACAACAGCAACCCCAACUCGAACGGCGCCCUGACACCGGGAGCCACAGGACUCUCAGCUGUUUCGUCAGCCCAUAGUAUGAUGGCUGGUGUCAGUUACGGAGAUGCAGCCAACUACGACUUCUUCGACCCCCAGCACUGGAUGUUGGACGGCCUACUUGACUUUAACUACUCAUAUGUGCCUCCCUUGGAAGGCGCCUAGGAACGUGAUCAACAACAUUGGUACUAUGAGUGAGAGGUGCAUUCGACAUGCAUGGUCUCGAGAGCAAUUUUCCCUUUUUAAACUGGCGUGAGUUUCGGCACUGUAACGGAGCAUCAUAACCCAGCAACAAGGUCUAUUCCUUUUUUCUCCCACUGAAGCGAGUCUGCUUCUCUGCUGACAUCAGGUCUGCGCACGGUUUCGUUUUCCUUUUCUGGUCUUGGGUUUUGUACUCUUUGCAUCGUGAUUAAUCUUGAGACUGUUGAGCCAGGGAGGAUAUACUCAACUGUUGCAUUUCCAAGUCGGGAUGAGCUUCUUGAGGAAUAAAAUGAAAGAUGGAAGUGGUAAAAGACAGUCUACGUGUAAUUAUGCAGUAUGACGACAUGUUCAGAGUUCUAUAAAGACAAGCAAUAAUCAUCAUUCUCGAUGUCUAUGUACUUGAAAGGGAUAGGUGUGUUGUUGCCCAAGCCAUAUAAAGCGAAAAAAAGUAUUGGUUCUAUAAAAGAUCACUAGAAUAUGACCUCGUC